AUGGAAGAUUUUUGUAAGAGUGUAACUCUGAUAAAUGCUACGCCACGCUUCGGUAGCAGACAAACUCUUCUCAGGUGUUUGGACACUAGUGAAUAUUACGUACCUUCACAACUCGAAAUCAAUCGUUCUUACGAUAAUGGAUAUGGACAAAAUUUACCAGCACCUGCAACGUUAAAUUAUACUGAAGGUGUUGGCAGUGUGAUGGUACGCUGGGGCGAGGAUCUAGGUGCCAGCAGGGCUGGAGUGUUUGAGUGCUCGGCGACUGGUAGCGAUAUUCGAGUGCAGACUAUCAAGACAGCAUCAAAUGGAAUUGUUUUUCCAAUGAAGUUAUCGAUGACAGUCAACAAAGGUGAUCGCGUUGAUGUUGUGAUGAGAAUGACUGGACAAACAUUUGAUCAAAUUGUAUGGAGACGCAACAAUGUCGAACUGCAUCCCUCCAAGAUCAACGUUAGCCUGGCCAUGCAACAGACGUACACUAUCUUAAGUGCCGAUGUUAUCGAUUCUGGUGUUUAUGAAGCCUACCCAAACAACAGUCGCUCUCUAGGAGCAUUAACUCUACUUAUUGUCAGAGAAUGCGAAGAUGGAAAAUGGAAUCCCCCAUUGUGCGAUCAGACAUGCAACGAUUGUUCGAAUGGAGGUGUAUGUGAUCAUGCUACAGGAACGUGUAUUUGUCCGCCAGGAUUCCGAGGGGUUAACUGUGAGAUUGGUGAGUAAUCGGUUUUAUACGAUCGAAAUCACAAUUGAGGAGGAAUAGCAUUAUU